AUGCACGGUGCUGCACGCACACCUUCACCUGUAACUGCUGCCUGGGGUGGUGAACUCGGCAAUUGCGUGCAAUCCUACGAGCGAAUCCUGCUAUCGGACUCGAGGAACUUUCGCGAAGUGUGUCGAAAGAUUAUUAGUGUGCUAGGCAUGAACAAUCAAUCGCACUGUCAGCGGCAUUCGUUGUUGGGAAACGAAGAGCACCCUGAGGAUGGCAAACUGCUCGUCAGGGCUCUCAUUUCCGGUUGCUCCAUCAAGCACGGCGAACUUGUUAGUGUACCAAGUGGUUCUGUUCGGUGGAAAAAAUCUUAUUUUUGCGCUUUCUUUUUCAACUAA